AUGGAAUCUAUUCCAACGCAGCUGCCAGCGGGACGUGAUUCCAGCUGUUCUCCGAACUCAAAACAAGAGUUGCAAUCCUACUCUAGCAACACGCUCAAACCGAACCAAGUCAGUGAGACCUCUUUGUACGGAAUUCCCAUUGUUUCAUUAGUAAUUGACGGGCAGGAGAGACUUUGCUUAGCGCAGAUAUCAAAUACCCUGUUGAAGAACUACAGCUACAACGAGAUCCACAACAGGCGCGUAGCGUUGGGCAUCACCUGUGUCCAGUGCACCCCGGUUCAGCUAGAAAUUCUGAGGCGCGCUGGGGCAAUGCCCAUCUCGUCCAGGCGUUGCGGCAUGAUUACUAAGCGCGAGGCCGAGAGGCUGUGCAAAUCAUUCCUAGGAGAGCACGACCCUCCGAAAUUACCAGAAAAUUUCGCCUUUGAUGUGUCACACGAAUGUGCUUGGGGAAGCCGUGGGAGUUUCAUACCAGCCAGAUACAACAGCUCAAGAGCUAAAUGCAUUAAAUGUUCUUUUUGCAACAUGUAUUUCUCUCCAAACAAAUUCAUAUUUCACUCUCAUCGCACACCAGAAUCCAAGUAUACGCAGCCUGACGCCGCUAACUUCAACUCAUGGAGGAGGCACCUAAAACUAACUGAUAAAAAUUCACCGGAUGAAGUUACCCACGCCUGGGAGGAUGUGAAGGCCAUGUUUAACGGCGGCAGCCGCAAGAGGACGCUACCAGGCAGUGGAUCUGAGCGCUCCUCUCCUCUAAAAGCACAAAGCUCUGGAAACCACCCCCAGAGAGAAUCACCCGAAGUACCCCACAAAACUCUCCGCUGUGAGGAUGACAGAAGUAACCUACCGAUGCCGGGCAGCAUACGCAGUUACCCCGUGAUCCCAGUGCCCAGCAAGAGUUUUGGGAUGCUGCAAAAGAUCCCUCCGCCUCUCUUCCCACAUUCAUAUGGGUUCCCAGCCUUUGGCUUGUGUCAAAAGAAGGACGACGGGGUUGUUAUGGGAGAGCCAAACAAAACUAAUCUGUCCGGUGUGUUCUGGCCAAAUCCUAAGGACAGCGCUUAUCCUCCGUUCCCAAUGUUUUGGCCCACGGCAGGGAGUCUCCCAAUGCCACCAUAUCACCAAACACAGUCUAAGCCACCCUCAGACCUGCUUUGCACACGACCGAGUGACUUAGAUGUGUCAGAGCAAAGUGACCGAAGCACCAAUACACCCAAAGACAGUCUCCUGGACAAUGAACGGUGCUCAAGCACUCAGUCCACCAGGAAUGAAGAGGAUAAAUCUGGGGAUGAAACUAGGUCGGUGGAAGGGUUGCCUUCUACCCCUCGAAAAGCAAGUUAUAUAUCUGCGUUCAGACCAGUGGUUAAGGACGCAGAAAGCAUAGCCAAACUUUACGGCAAUAGGGGCCCCUAUCCCGGGGGCCGAUCUGGCUACCUGUCACCUGAUUUCUUAAGCGAAAGUUCCAGCUAUAGGUCUGUAUCGCCGGAUGUAGACAGCGUGGACGAUCCAGAUGUGGACGUAGAAUCAAAUAAAGUGCAAGAGGACGAAGAAUGCUCCCAGAUCUCUGUGGACAGCCGCCGGAGUCCGCCUAAUGUUGCUAUAGGGCAAAGUGGAGAGUUAAAGGGCCAGGAACAGGAGUCUGUUAAAAUGUCCACCAUGGGUGACCCACAUCGGACCAACCCAAGUGAGGCCCGGUCAGCGGAAGGAGAGAGACACAGCAAACAAAUAUUUGAGAGCAGCAAAAACACCACGCGAUUUGAGGUGUAUGCACAUGAAAGGGAUGAGCAUAUGCAACAAAUAAGCGCUGCUUGUUUCGGAUCAGCAACCAUUUACCAGCGCGACCUGCGAGAGUCGAACGAUGCGCAUGAAGAGGAGCCAUCCUCAACCGUGGAGGAAGUGGAGCCAAAAGUUAAUCAUGAACAUGGAAGUUUAUCCAAGGAGGGCUCGGGGGAUCUUGAUGAUGUAUGUCUUACAGAGGAUACCAUGCGUAAUGACGGAAGCAGAGCUCCACUAAUUGAGAAAGACAUAGAGAACAUGGCUAAAGAAGAAUUGCAGAAACAGCUGGUAGAACAAGUGGAACUAAGAAAGAAGUUGGAGCGUGAAUUCCAAAGUUUGAAAGACAAUUUUCAAGAUCAGAUGAAAAGGGAACUGUCAUACAGAGAAGAGAUGGUCCAACAAUUACAAAUUGUUCGAGAAGCUCACGACGCGCUACACCAUUUCUCAUGUAAGAUGCUGACCCCCCGUCAUUGCACCGGGACCUGUACUUUCAAACCUCCAUUACUGCCUCCUUAA